UCCCAUACACCUCCCAUCCAUCCACUCGUGCGCUCCCAGGUGUGGCGACGAUGACAACGCGGAAGUGUGUUAUCAACAGCGCUGUGAGCGGCUGAAGUCCUGUACUGUCCUCGAUCAGACACGAUGUCCAACAACGACGAUAUCCGAUACUGUCACAGAUGCUCCUAUGUUUUCCUCAAAUUCAUCCUCUUCGCCUAUUCCAUCAUCUUCUGGUUGAUAGGUGGCUUUAUCCUGGCUAUUGGCAUCUAUGCUGAGGUGGAACGACAACGCUACAAGACACUCGAUGGAGUGUUUUUGGCCCCAGCUAUAAUCCUGAUCCUCCUGGGAAUCGUCAUGUUUAUUGUUUCAUUUAUUGGUGUCUUGGCUUCACUGAGGGAUAACCUAACCCUACUGAAAGUGUUCAUGUACACCCUGGCUUUGUGUCUGAUACUGGAGCUGCUGGGAGGAAUACUGGCGCUGGUGUUCCGCAACCAGACGGUGGGCUUACUUAACAAGAACAUCCGUAAAGGCAUAGUGAACUACUAUGAUGACUUGGACUUCAAAAACAUCAUGGACUUUGUACAGAAGAAGUUUAAGUGUUGUGGAGGUCAAGAGUACAAAGACUGGUCAGUCAACAUGUACCACAACUGCUCUGCACCUGGUCCAUUGGCUUGUGGUGUCCCUUAUACCUGCUGUGUUACUACAAAGCCUAAUGAAGUGGCGAAUACUCUGUGUGGGUACAAGGUGUUGGAUAAAGAGCGUUUGGACCUGCUCGAUGUCAUCCACAUCAGAGGCUGCACUGAUGCUUUCUUCAUCUGGCUGAUGGACAACUAUAAGAUUAUGGCAGGGCUGCUAUUAGGGAUACUACUUCCUCAGUUCUUUGGUGUGAUAGUCAGCUGGCUGUACAUCACUCGUGUUGAAGACGCCAUCAGUGAAUUUGGUCACUACACGGAUGGACUACUGCAACCGAAUGCAACUGAAAGAGCAACCAAGAAGCAGGGUCGCGUAUCCAAAUGGUUCAAAUGUAUGCCGGAGAUUGACUGAAGAAAACAAAAAGUAAAAAAAGCAGCAAAUGGACACCAGCCAACACUCACAGUUGGUCAAAUUGUUUUUAGGAAGAAGGAAUAAUGUUAGCAACCAGAUCGUUGAGAGUUUGAUAUUCAAGUGUUGACAUGCAGUGUACUAAUGGUGUAAUAAGAGCUCAUUUUUAUGUGUUUUUAGCUGCAUCAUCCUUCAGACAGUCUCAGGGAUAAACACAGAAACCAAUACAACCACUAUUGCUUCUGGUUCUAUAAUAUGACAUGAAAUGAAUAACAACACAAUCUGCACUGACUUUUUUUCCUACUUUUAUGUCUUUGUUCAUUAUUCAUUAUUUCUGCUACCAAUUAAAACAUUACUACCGUUGAAGCAGGUCCUAUCAUUCAAUCACUACUCCAUAUAUAUAUGUAUUUAUGCAGUACUGUGCACAUCCCCUCAACACCUCAAGUGCUCAUUGAACCUUCAUGAUGUGUUCAAGAAGUGUUGUCUAUAAUGCUCAGGUUCAUUACGGAUAUUUUCUUCAUUAGAGACUUAAUUUAAACUCCUUGUGAUCUUAACUCAACUAAUUCGCAGUUGGGUCAGGGAAUCUGCUAAAGAUGGUCUUUUUUUUUUUAACAUUGAUUUAAUAGAUGCAUGCUAAUUCAGUGUCACUGCCAAAAUAAGAUGAUAUCUCAGGGUUAUUGAUUAGUAUAGCAACCACGUCUCCUAGAAAUUACCUUUAUGUGCUACUUAUUUACAAAUCAGUCUGUGAGACAUCUGAUUUAGCUUUAAAAUCAAUAACAUGUUAUACACCCUUUAUCGGACAAGGAACCAUAUAUGGUCACUUCCAUGGGCUUUUAAAAUGGUGCCUCACGUCUCUCAAUGAAGGGAAUAAAUCUAAGUGGCAAAAUGUGAAUGAACAGAACAAACCAAGUUACAAAACCUUGUGACUUGAUGCACAACCUGACAUGUUUACUUAAUUAAAUUUAGUGAGAAGCACAGAUGUUUCCCUAACCUUAACCAAAGUGUUUUUGUUGCCUGAACGUAACCACACAUGCAUAACUCAGGAUUCAAACCAGUUUUUGGUGUCAAACUGUGCUCUGUACACCCGCCAUCCACUUAGACGACCUCUACAUCUUUUCUUACUACACUCAGAAAAUGUUGCUCCUGAACAUAAUCAAGGUAGUUAUUACAUUUGUUUCAAAACAAAAGGGGUCAAAAGAAUUAAAUAUGUGAUUUCUAGGAGACAGGGAUGCAUAAAAUAGGCUUGCCAUGCAAUGUAGAUACAUUUCCUUACAUCCCACAACAUAUGGUUGCGUUUUUUUUGUUUUGUUUUAUAGACAUGCAUUUGUCAUGAUAUAAAUUAAUAACAUGAAUUUAAUAUGCUACUAAAUUUUGUUUGGUUUGAUGUGAACAGCUGUGAGAAGAAAAUGUCUAUAUUUAAAGUGUACAGCAUCAAAGAUCUUUUUCUAAAGAUGUUCCAUAAAGUAUAUUUCAGUGGCUGUAACAAUGAUGUAACUAUCACUACCAUAGUAUAUUAUCACUGUACCUAUGCAUCGCAGUUGCCAUAUGCCAAUGUUGACACACAUAUAUAUACAGACACAAACCACACAAGAAUUAUGUUAUCCAAAUUGUUCUGAGGGUGAAAAAUAAAAUGAUUCACUGCUG